CUGUUAUUGUGCUGAAGAAGUAAAGGGAAGAAAUCAAAUCAUAUCAAAUCGAUUUUCGUUUGGGUCGCUUCUGCUUCUUCUUCUUCAUCUUCUUCUUCAUCUCUCUCAAACUUCCUCGAACCUUCUCUGCACUUCCCUCAUGGACAUUAUAUGAACUUCCUUUCGCUCUUCUCUUUCUUUCCUUUUCUUAUUAAUAUUAUAAUCUAAACAUAAAUUAUUCGUAUAUAUUCUUUUUUUCACACUGGAUUCGAGACAUGAGAUGAGGCCGAUGCAACUCCCACCGCCUUCUGCCUCUGGCUCCGCCUCCGCUCCGCCGCCUACCAACAACAAGGAUCACCGUCCCCAGCGACGCCGCAAGGACCUCACGCUGCCGCUGCCGCAGCGUGACACUAAUUUGGCGGUGCCGCUUCCUCUUCCGCCAUCCACGGCUCCGCCCGCGGCCAGCGGAGGAGCCAGCCAGCAGCAGCAGCAGCAACAGCUGGUGAUCCCGUUCGCAGAGCUGGAGAGACUGAACCGCAUCGGGAGCGGGAGCGGGGGGACUGUGUACAAGGUUGUGCACCGAACUAGCGGGCGCGUGUACGCGCUGAAGGUGAUAUACGGGCACCACGAGGAGUCCGUGAGGCGGCAGAUCCACCGGGAAAUCCAGAUCCUGCGGGACGUGGACGAUCCGAACGUGGUGAAGUGUCACGAGAUGUACGAUCAGAACAGCGAAAUCCAGGUGCUUCUGGAGUUCAUGGACGGGGGAUCUCUGGAAGGGAAGCACAUCCCGCACGAGCAGCAGCUGGCAGAUCUGUCCAGGCAGAUUCUUCGGGGGCUGGCGUACCUGCACCGGCGGCACAUCGUGCACAGGGACAUCAAACCCUCGAAUCUGCUGAUAAACUCGCGGAAGCAGGUGAAGAUCGCGGACUUCGGGGUGGGUCGGAUUCUGAACCAGACCAUGGAUCCGUGCAAUUCUUCGGUGGGGACGAUCGCCUACAUGAGUCCGGAGAGGAUCAACACGGACAUAAACGACGGCCAAUACGACGCUUACGCGGGGGACAUAUGGAGCUUUGGGGUUAGCAUAUUGGAGUUCUACAUGGGCAGAUUUCCCUUCGCGGUUGGGAGGCAGGGCGAUUGGGCCAGCCUCAUGUGCGCUAUCUGUAUGUCUCAGCCACCCGAGGCUCCUCCCUCUGCCUCCCUCCACUUCAGGGAUUUCAUCUCUAGGUGCCUCCAGCGGGAUCCCUCUCGCCGAUGGUCUGCCUCAAGGUUGCUGGAACACCCUUUCAUUGCCCCUCCCCACUCCAACCACAAUCAGCUUCCUCCCAAUCUCCACCAGCUCCUACCCCCUCCUCCUCCCAGGCCUCUUCCCUCCUAGCAACCCGUUCUAAACUUACUCUCUUACUUCUUGCCUGUAAUUUUUUAUUUAUUACAAAUCAAUGCUACAUGCCUCCUCACCGGAGAAUGGAUCGAUCGAUGAACCACAUGGAUGCCCCACCGCCACUUGCUUAGCUACCCCUAUCCGCUCUGCUGCUUUGUUUUCGUUUUCGUUUUCAUUUUCAUACAAAUCAAAUUUCAAUAUUCCAUUUUCAGCCAUACAUUACAAUGUUUUCUUUCUACUUACCAUAACAUGCCCUGCUUGCUUUGCUUUGUUUCGCA